UCUCCUGAACCCUGGCCGACUUCAGAGACAGUGAGGGCUGUACUAGAGAGAGAGGCAAUCCUCAGAGCCAAACAGGCACUGCAGCACAGCAGCACAGGGAGCUCCAGACAAGACACGACUGGAAUAUCGAGCAGGAAACAAGGCAGUAGUCCUCGCAGCCAACCAAAGAAAAAGGGCUCAAGUGCCAGCCAUCUGAGGGUCUAA